ACAGGAUGAAUGCCGAUCACAUAUAACCACGUGCUUCUUCAUCGACUCCAGUCUCCGUCAACCACGGUGGUGAUCAGCUUCGAGCACCGACAAAGGCCAACCACCACCAGAAAUAGCCCAACGAACGAACCACCGUCCAUCCACCACUCUUCGAUCGUAAAAAAAAAGUGUCCAAACACCCAACAACCCUUUCUCGACACAGAUUCCGGUGAUUUUGCCACCGAUGUGAUUUUGCGAGAUGAUCUUUGGGAAAGCUAUCAGAAUUUGCGCGGCAACCGCCGUCCUUCUGCUCCUCACCGUCGCCCUUCCAUCGGGAGUGGACGCAUCCAGGCUUCCUGGAAAGAUCGAAGAUGCCAAUGGUGAAGUGGAAUCCUGCCUGAAGAACACGCCCUGCGGAUGGGCAGUGUAUCACAGGUUCAGCAGGGAGAUCGACUACUUCAUGAGGAAUCGAUGCGAGUGUCCGAAGCACAAGAAGUGCAUCCGCACCGAUGAUGACAUCUCCGUGAACGCCUACGUUUACAGAUGCAGAGAUCCGGACGCCUCCAAAAUCCAGUUAUAAAAUAGGAGAUCAGGGAUCGCACAUUUGUUUUCGUUGUAAAACUACUAAAGCGAUACUUUUAAUAUUUAUACACACUAGCUGUUAAAGCAUCAACACACUCACGAAUACAUACAAAAAUACACACGCACACGAAUGUAAAAGAAAAUCAGAGCGCGAAAACCUUAGGAAACAGCGACGUUUUUAAAAAAAUCGACAAUCCAAAAGAAAACCAAAUACAAAAAUUAUUUAUUGAUAAUCGAGUGGAGUGUUUAAAGUUAACUAACAAUAUUUUCUUUGUUACUAAUAUUUUCUUAUAUUUUUCUUUCCUUGUUUUUAAAUUAUUAUUAUUAUUAUUUCUGCAUGUUUCUUUAUUUCUUUAAUUAUAUUAUUUUCUCUCUUUUUUUUUAAUUACAAAACAAAGUCGAACUUAUUUUAAACGUACGCAGAUUUUUCCAAAGACAGUUUUCGCGCCACGCCAAAAUUACUUAUUUCGAUUCAGAUUAUAGUUGACAUUGCUGACCACAAAAUGCUUUAUUCGAAAUCCAUCCGGGAUUCAAAACGGUUUUCUUGUUUAUCAGUAUUUUAAUUGAUGUUUUAUUUUUUUAAUUUUAUUUCUAUCUGUCUCUCACUUUAGUCGCGUACUUUUAUCAUUUCAUAAUAUACUUUACAGAUGCCUGAUUUCGUUUAACGCGUAGAUUUCUAGCUCUUCGUUUACGUAGGUUUUCCUUAGAUUAUUAUUGUUUGUUUACACGUUCUUAUAUAAAUGUGUGCACUUAAACACCUUGUGCCCAACGCAACGAUUGUUUCGUUAUUUCUUCUCUUUUAUAAUAAUCGCAUUUAGAUGUUCGCUAGAUAGGGCUCACUAAUUAUAACUAUUUAUUUUGUAUUAAGAGUGACGCAAAGACGUCGUUAAAAUAAAAGAAGUACGAUAAAACACCUCAACAAUAUAAA